AUGUUGAAUAAAAACAUGAAGAGUGAUUUUGAUAAUAGUGAAGAUAAAGACGAUAUUAAAGAUUCAUUAACAAAUGAUAAUAAUUCUAGAACCAAUGAAAUGUCAUUUAUGAAGAACUACGGACUUAAUUUUGAAACUCCUGAAUAUUUGGACUAUUAUGAGAAACUAACACCUGAGCAAAGAGCUUUUAAAUCUAAUCUAAAAGCUGCUUAUGAAGCAAGGAUUUAUAAUAAUUACGACAAUAUGCUGUGUAAUGGUUGUUCUACUAAGAUCAAUUUUAAAAGCAGAAAUGAGUCUAAAUUGGGAAGUAGUUGUAAUGAUGAACCGGAGUAUGAGCUUCUUGCUUAUGAUAGGAUUAUUUUUUGUUGGUCUUGUCACAAAGCUUUUAUCAGAAAUAAAAAAUACUGUCCUAUCUGUUACAGAGUUCCUAGAAAAACUGAAAUUAAUAAUGAUAAGCAUUGUUUGAUGUGUAAACACUCGUUUUCUACGUUUGAGUAA